CGACGCCACCGUCGCCGCCACCGACGACGCUGCCGACGACAGCGCAUCUGACGCGCGCGGAAUCACCGUCACACGCCGCGUAGGAGGCAGCGCGCGCGAAAUGUUUUCGGACACCGCCGCACCAAUGUCGUUGUUGUUCCUCCGGCACCGGCGGACCGCCGAAUAGUGCGUGUGCGCCCGCACAUACCGCGACAACCGGUCGACACCGACGGCUGUUAAUCGUAAUUUUUUUUUUCGCUGCGUACACGUGGCGAGUUACAUUACAUUACACUUAUACAGACGGACCGCGUGUGUAUUAACCUUAUCUACAGCCUGUGAGUGUGCCCUCGCGCGGCGCGUGACGACAGUACGAGACACGCGGACCCGGCGAACGUUCUUCGCCGGAUGGAAAACGUUCACAACAUGGCGCCAGAGUCGCCGCUCAACGAAGUAGUGGUCGAGACAAUCGAUUCGCCGCAAGACGUGCGGGCGCACGUCGACGCCGGUCGGCAGUCCGCGUGCCCCGUCGCCGAGCCGCCACCGACACGCGAACUGUGCAUCACGCGAGUGCCGCGAUCGCAGCCCGCCAGCAGGAUCGUGUGCCAUGCACGUUGUUCGCGGCCCGUCCAGCAAGACGACGACUCGGACGACGACCUGAUGGACGACGACGACCUGGACGAAGAAAACGACGACGACCACAACGACCACAAUAACCACCACCACCAGCAGCAGCAGCAGCAGCACCACCACCACCAACAAAACAACCGAGGCCACCAACACCAGCAGCACCACCAGAACCAGCACCACCAAGCCCACCAUCACCAACAACACCACCAGAACCAACACCAUCCGCACCAACAGCAGCAGCAGCAGCAGCAGCAGCAGCAACACCAUCACCAAAACAACGAACGGUCGCCGGUCGAGAGUAACGGUGGUGGCAGUCGCCGCGGCGUAGGCGGUACGGUCGUGGUCAGAGGUGGCUGCGGUGGCGGUGGAGGGAGCGCCGGUAGCGGCGGUGUCGUCAGCGGCGGAGGCGGCGGUGUCAUCGUCGAAGACGUCAAACCGCCCGAGAGCACCAUCACCGUGAUCGUUCACCACCCGGACGACGACCGGGCGAACCGAUCGGCCAGACUCAACCCCAGACAUUCCGUCAGCGUGGCCGGAAUGAUCGAGUCGCAAGACUACCACCGCUCCGGGACCGGCAACAACAGCGUUCUCCAGCUGCACCACCAGCAGCAACAGCAACAGCAGCAGCAGCAGCAGCAGCAGCAGCAGCAGCAACAGCAACAGCAGCAGCAACAGCAACAGCAACAGCCCGAGCCAACUUACCAGACGCUCACGUCGGUCAACGGCAGGAUGUCGCCGCCCGGCUACAGCCCCAACUCGUCGUACGCCACGCUCACGCCGCUCCAACCGUUGCCGCCCAUAUCGACCAUGUCCGACAAGUUCGUGUACGGUCACUCCAACAACGUGUCCGGUUCGUUCACGGUCAUGCAGAACAACAUUGGCGGCCUGGGCAUGGUGGUCAACAGCCCGUACACGUACGACAAGAUGGGCAUGCACUCGCCCAACCACUAUUCGCCCACGCACAUGCACCACAUGCCGCCGCAACAGGGCUCGCCGAUAUCGCCGCAGAGCGCGUCGUACAGUCAAAACGGCGGCGGCGGUGGCGGCGGCCUAAACUCGCCGCAGAAGAGCAUGUCGUCGCCGAACAGCUGCUACGACUCGCCGUACACGCAGAUCGGCCCCGGCGGCCGGUCGGGCACGGGUAACGCGAUGCACAGUCCCGACCUCAGCCAAAACUCGGGAUCGCUGCACUCGCCGCCGAUGUCCAGUUACGGCGGCACCACCACGCUGUCCAACGUGAACGGGCUGACCACCAUCACGCCGCAUCCCGGCCGAGGCGGUGGUGGCGUCGUGGUGUCUCCCAGGCACUCGCCGUCGCUGGUCAUACACCCGAUCAUACAGCCCCAGGAGGUAGUGGUCACCACGUCCUCGCCCUCGCCGCCCGACCACUCGCAGAGGAUGCAGAUGAUGCACCAGCAGCAGCAACAGCAACAGCAGCAGCAACAGCAACUGCAACAGCAGCAGACCACGCUGAUCAAGACUCAAUCGAUCACCACCACCACUACGGUUCUGGUGCAGAACGCGUCGUCGGCGUCCGGGUCGAACGGCAGCGGUUCCGACAUGGAGGAGAUCAACACUAAAGAGCUGGCGCAGCGGAUCAGCGCCGAGCUGAAACGGUACAGCAUACCGCAGGCGAUAUUCGCGCAACGAGUGCUGUGCCGGUCGCAGGGCACGCUGUCCGACCUGCUCCGCAACCCCAAGCCCUGGUCCAAGCUGAAAUCCGGCCGGGAGACGUUCCGCCGCAUGUGGAAGUGGCUCCAGGAACCCGAAUUCCAGAGGAUGUCGGCGCUCCGCUUGGCAGGUACGCACGAUGAUUCUUCUUCUAACCUUGGUCAAGACUUAGAAGGUAUGUUAUUGGCAGAAAACGGACUGCAAAAUGUUACAACACCAAAUGUCGGAAAUUACAUCAACAACAUGGUAGCUCAAAUUCCACAGCAAACCCCUCCUUGCAAACGAAAAGAAGAAUCCCAACCUAUUGUUCCUGAUCAUUCAACUGCACCCAAAAAACCACGUUUGGUCUUUACCGAUCUUCAACGACGAACACUACAAGCUAUUUUUAAGGAAACGAAAAGGCCGUCAAAAGAAAUGCAAGUGACCAUAGCUAGGCAAUUAGGUCUGGAACCAACUACAGUCGGCAAUUUCUUCAUGAAUGCCAGGAGACGAUCGAUGGAUAAGUGGAAGGAUGAAGAUCCAAAAGUAAUGGCGGCAUCGAACCACCAUCAAGACGACAUUGUAGUUAGCAUGCAAACAGGGACACAUAUGGGUAACCACCAGUCUGAAGUGUUGUGACCAAUAAUUAAUUAGGAUGAAUAUAGAUAUUUAUUCCAAAAUGUUAGAGUACAAUAUCGAAAUGUGAUUUAUUUUCUGGUCAGUUAUACUAUAAAAGUUAAUAGGUAUAUAUUUUUUUCUGUUUUUACAUAAAAAUAUUAUCUCGAGAUAUAUAUAUAUAUAUAUAUAUAUAUAUAUUAUGGUAAGGCAACAUAACAUAUUUUCCUAUAAUUUUAUCCCUAUUUGAUUUAAUCGAAACACUUCACCAUAACCGCAUGUUCCCACUCGCCAUCACAAAAUCAUAAUAAUUGAAAAUAAACAAAUCAUGUAAAAAUCGAAAAUCGAUUGACUUCUGUGUAUAUUCAUUAUUUGAUUAUACCAAUAAAUGUAUUUAUUUAUUUUCGUGGAUAUCUAUAAUACCAAUGCUACGUUAUUGUAAAAUAGUUUAUAUCAAUGAUUACAUAUUUUGUUUUAUAUAACAACAGUAUAAUAUAAUUACGCUUUAAAUAUUAUUAAAUUAAAACAUAUUGUACUGCUUUUGUUGAAAACCACUUCACUGAUGUUAAUACAAUAUUUACCUAAUGAUCUCUUCGCAUAUGUAGUCAUUUGAAGUAUAUAAUAUUAUUAAGGCCCAACUACAACCUUUAAUGAUUGUUCAAUCGAAUAAAAUUAUCUAGUCAAAAACCGCUCAAUUUACAUAAAAAUUGAAAAAACAUAUUUAUAAACAAUUCUUUUGAAGUAUAUAUUUUUAUCGCAACUUUGUGCUUUCACAAAUUUUACCAAAAUGUAUUCCGUCAUAAUAUUUUGUAAUACCUAACAUAAAAACAACAGUAAUAAAAGAACAAAGUAAAAUAUGGUCUUAAUAAAUAAUUCAUUAAAACAAAAUAAUUUAUAACGAGCUUAAAUAUUUUUAAUUGAAUAUUAAUAUUUUUUCAUGAAACUGAUUACCAAGUAGAAAUUCCUAACGAAAUCGCAUUGUUCGCGUCCGAGUUUCUAAUAGAAAUUAAAUUUUAGUGAUUCCUUAAACAUUCCAUAGUUAUUAUCAUUUCUAGUCAAAAUAGUGCAAUCGACUUAAUGUCAAAUUUAAUAAUUAGUGAUUUUUAUAUUAUUUUAUUUUAUUUUAGUUAUUAAUUUAUUUAUUUUUGUUUUCGACCCGAGUUUUUUGUUUUGUGGUUUUUCUGAAAACAAUACAAUGGUUUAAUUUUUUUUAUGGUGUUUGAAGUAAAAGAAAGUAUCAAACAAAAUAACAAUGAUUAAACUAAGGGUAAUUUGGUUGCUCAGAGAUUGUUAAUAUAUUGGUCUUAACUUAAAAUCUCUUAUGGAAAAAUCAAUUACCUGAAUCACAUGCAAUUUUUGUUUUUGUCAAAAUUUUUUUUUAAUUCGUUUUUUUCUUCUCAACUUUUGAAAUCUUUAAAAUGUAUUAAUAAAAACGACAUUCAUUCAUAAUAUUAUCUUUUUACCUGCGUCCUAUAGUAUUCCACUAUUCCAGCCAAUUAUGAUUAAGUAUUUUUUACUAAUUGAUUAUUUUAUUCCCAUACAAAGAAUUCCAAACAUCAGAUUAAAAUUCAGAUUUCUUGCACAGAUUCUUCGUCUGUUAAAUAUUUUAUUUUUCAUGUGUACAUUAUAAGAGCCCAAUAGUGUGUAGUAUAAUUUAAUGUAAGUUUAGUGCGUAUGUGUGGUUGCCUAGCCAGUAAAUUAUUUUUAAUAAAACGAGAAUAUAUUAUUAUUAUAUAUAAUUUGUAUCAUAGAUUUUUCUAUUAUGCAUCCGAUUUAUUUGUAACAAAAUAAUUAAUACACAUGCACAUU